AUUGAAUUUCAGUUUGAUGCAGAAUUCAGGCGGUUUUCUAUUGACAAAACAAGAAUGAAACAGUUUGAUGACUUUUAUGUCUUAUUAGAAGAGCUCCAUCACCUGACAGACAUUCCAUUUAUAAUUACUUACACAGAUCUUCACAUGGACCUGCUUCCAAUUAAUAACAAUGAAAACUUUAACAGAGCUCUCACUACAGCUAGACCUAGUCUCAAAAUUUUGCUUCAGCGCAAAGGUGAGUAAAAUUACAAUGUUCUGAUACAUGAGUGAUCUUUUUAAAUGUUUCAGCUCUUUGCAAUAAUUGCAAAAAUUAAAUAUAUAUAAGAAGCUAAUAAAUUUAGAGUUGGUGAUUGUUAAAAAGAUUUUAUUCCAAUUUUUAAAAUGUUAUAAGCAAUAAUAGUGCAAAGAUUAAAGAAGGUGAAAUAUAUGAAGAGCAUUCCUUAAAGUUCACCUUGUGUUACUAAUUGUUUCAUUAAAUUUCUUCAAAAAUAACAGGUGAGAGUUAUGGAGAACUCAAUGGCUAUGGUUCACAGCCAUUAAAGAAAAGAAACCCAAUUUCAAAGCUAAUAAGCACAGAAACCCCCCCUAGACCACGUAUACAAAUAAGCCUUAUGGAAGAUUUCCGGCGUGUGUCUGCUAUAAUUGAUGUAGACAUUGUACCAGAAACUCAUCGGCGGGUAAAGCUUAUGAAAAAUGGUUCUGAUAAACCGCUAGGCUUUUACAUUAGAGAUGGAACAAGUGUCAGGGUAACGCCUCAUGGCUUAGAAAAGGUAAGAUUGAAUAAAUAACAGGCCUGCCAAGCCUUCCGAUUUUGUCGGAAUUAUACAUAUUUUUUACCCCUCAUUCCGACCUUCCGACAAAACCCUUAAAAUUAAGAUUUUCUGAACAUUAUAAUUUUUCACCCGUCAUAAAAAUCUGAAAGCGGCCAAAAAAAAACCACCAAUCAGAUACGACAGGAAGUGGUGCAUUUUGAUGAAGUGUCUACAUUUCCGGCAACUGGACGAAUAAGUUCUCAGCCUUGUCACGUGACCGCUAAUAGUCGAUCAGAAUUUACAGUACUUCAUUUAAAUAAAUUCAAGAUAGUCUUGACAUUUACAUGAAAAAGAAAUAUGUUCAAUUCUACAAAAGAAAUACUAGAACCAUUUCUGGUAUAUAUAAUGAACAAAUGGUAAAAAGUGACAAUGUUACAUGAAGCGUGACAUGCCAGCCGGAUAAAUAUCUCCCACACUAUUUGUCCGGUUGUCGGACGUGUAGACACAGCCUUGUUUUUAUAGAAGGGAACCGCGAUCUCCAAAUCAUUCUUCAUCAAUUGAUCCGAUUGGGAUUCACCCUUUUACUAGGCUGAAAAAUAAUUCAGUUGUGUUGUACUUUUUUUUUGUUGUUAAAGCUUUUCUUAAUUAAGUUUAUUGGAAGUGGUGGGUUAAAAUGAUAUUAAUAAACAUAUUUUGACACAAAGAAAAAAUGCAACUGUAGCUAAAAGCAGUGAAUCUACAACUAACUAACGCACAUAUUCUGGUGAAGGUCUGAGAUUACUCUCUUAUGACCCCGGCUAGUAAAUUGGCUAUCAACUCCAUCUGUUGAGCUGAGCCAUACAACAUGUCCCUCACAAAGGAUCCUCCAACCGCCCUGGCUUCCCCCGGGAGAUCUAGUGCGGGACACUCCGUCAACAGAUGUUCUAAGGUCUCUGGGGCCAGGCUGCAGUGCCGGCAGGUAGGAUCUCUGUUGUUGUCCAACCUCCAGAAAUAUGUGCGCAGGGGGCAGUGCUCGGUGCGCAUCUGCGUUACUAGACUCUGCACUCUACGACCUAACCCCCACCAUGGGUCUUGUUUGCUAGGAGUAGGCAAGUUCGAAUAGACGCCUCUGGCGGUCGUGUUGUCAGCCCAUUGCCUGUACCACUUCUGCCUGAAGUGGUCCGCCAGCCAGUUUUUGACUCCCAAGAAAGUCAUUGGUACUUCUGGCUGAGGCUGGGCAGCCCCGGUUUUCGCCAGAGUGUCAGCUAUCUCAUUGCCACUGAUGUUGACAUGCCCUGGUAUCCAUUGCAUUUCAACCUUGCACCCUAUUUCAUCAAGUCUGCAUAUGUCGUUGUGAAUGACGUCGACCAAGCUUGUGGUACCCUGUCUCUUCUCCAAGAUCUCAAGAGCGGAUCUUGAGUCUGAGAAGACGACAAUAUCGAGCCCCGCAUGCUCCGUCCCUUCCAGAGUGACACGGACUCUCUCCAAGGCCUUGUGCAUAGCUAUAAGCUCCGCGUCGAAGUUUGACGCUGUAGUCCCACAAGGCCCGGAGAGUUUUUCAUCGGGCGGUCCACCUACUGGGUACUGAAUAAGCGCACCGUACCCAGCAGUUUUUUUCCUAAAGUCAGCAGAGCCGUCCGUGAACACUUUCACAGGUAUGUGCGUGAACACAUCCAUGGUCUCAAGGGCAGCCACUCUCUGUACAUGUUCAGGGCUUCGUUUCGUCACUGCUGCAUCUGUCAAGGCCAAAUGUAUGGAGGGGCGUGAGGGUUCCGCAUAAGGCGGAUUAACUGGGAUUUGGGUCAGACGUUCUCUAUUUGGGGGCAGGGGAACUGUCCUCUCCAGCUCCACGACCUGGUGCAUGAAAGAGGACCUCUUUAGUCUCCUGCCACCCACCCAGUUAUUUUGCAUUUGAAAGGCUGGUUCAUUUUCACCGAGCCGUCGGUACCUCUCUACGGUAUUUAAGAUGGAUUUUUCCCUCCUAAUUUGUAGCGGUUCUACAUUGGCCAAGACUUCUACAGCAGCUGUGGGAGUAGUCCUGUAUGCGCCACAGAUGAAUCUCAGUGCCUGAUUCUGGAUUCGGCCCAGUUUUUCCAAUGCGGUCUUACUUGCAAAGGAUUGGACCGGCAUGCUGUAGUCCAUCACCGACCUUACACUGCUUAGAAAGAGAGCUCUAAGCGUACUUGCGUUCGCGCCCCAACUUGUGCAAGCCAAUUUUUUCACCAGGUUGAGCUUGGCGGUCGCCUGGGAGCAGAGGUCCUGUACAAAAUUGUGCAUUUGUCUACAACAUCCAUGUCUAAUUUCUUUGCUAAGGAAUUGGACGAUUCAGUUAUCAGAUCGGAAGUUUUAUUUACCACCUUUCUUAUUGAAGGAAAUAUUUCUCUAGCCAAAUCCGAUAGUUUUAAUGCCAGAGUCAAAGAAAGAUUGCUAGAAGAUUGUGAAGAAAUAUUACAAUGAAACAAGCGCAUGAAAGUUGAUAAUCUUUCUAACUUUCUUGUAGCAAAAAUCAAUUGCAAUGCUAACCUUCAGUUGUCCAAAGAGCUGUUGCAAAAAGGCCACUAGGGAGAUGCUGGAAAACUGCACUCUUAGCAGCCUGUGUCCAUAAAAUGAAUAUUUUGUUCUGCAUAUAAACAUUUCCAGUAAUGUUUUUCUCAUGUUCUGUGGUGUUCUAUGGACUCUUCAAAGACAAUGGAGGUAGCUUUAUAUUUAUUUAUUUACCAAGAAAGGCUUGUGGGACUUGUGCAUUAGUAUCUAGUUCUUAAACCAGUCGUGCGCCCCCCCCCCCCCCCCCCUUUUCAAAAAUAAGUUUUCAAAGAAAUAUUAGCUGUUUAAUGCCAUCAUAUUCAUUAAAUAUGCAGAAAUACAUAUUGUACCAAUUUAAGAAAGUACAGUUCAUUACAUGAUAUAAGUGGGGUUGAACAUUAUAUUAGAAAUAUCACAUAGUUCAGGGACGUGUACAGUCAUUAGUGGUUCUUAUAUAAGAUAGAUUAGAUUCUUUUAUUGAUCCAAACAAAUGGAAAUGUUUUUUGAUUUCAUUUUACAUUUUCAGCACAUAAAUAAAACAAUUUGAACACAAGACAGCUAAAUUAAAUUAUUUCACUUGUGAAAAAAAGAGCCAUGUUGUGAAUUCUCUUAGCCAUAUCAGGGACUUACUGGUUCUUAUUAAUUUUAUUUCAAACUUUAUCUAAUAGAUGUGUGUGAAGAAGGGAGAAUCCCAAGUUUGUGAUUUAGUGCCAAAUCAGCAUUUAGUAAAACUAUGUCACCGAAUGGGUGGGUGCAUGCUAUGAGUAGAUCAAUGUCUCAAAGGCAACAUUUUUUUACACACAUAGCAAUUUCAGUCCAUAGUAGAUUUUCAUACUUAAUAAAUUUUUUUACAUGAUUUACAUUCAUCAUAAAUGCUUCCUAAAUGCCACACACAAUAAGUUUUUGUCUAGUUUUUGUACUGGUAUCAGUAUAUGAUGCAAGAGUGCUACAGUUAAAAAGCAGUCCGAGAAACUGAAAUGUUGAUUUUUCAUUAGUUUUUUUUAUCUUGAAUAAUAAUAAUAAAUCGCUCGAUAAGAUUUCAAAUGUUCAUUCAUGUAUGUUUCUGGUACAACAUGUAUUUGCUAAACACAUUAGAAAAUAUCUCUAUUUGAACAGCAUACAUGGAUUAAUGGAUCUUGAUCAAACUUGGGAUUCAUUAUUGUUUCACUUCAUUAUGGAGAAAAAAAUAUUGGCUGGGUUGAAUUUAAAAAAAUAAAGUCCCUUUUAGUAUUGAGGGCCCAAAUUUGUUUGUUUAAUAUGAGCUAUAUAAAUAAAAUUUCAAUUAAUGGAUAGAUCAGAUCUAGACCAACCAUGGUGCAAAUGACUUGAAAUUAUAUAUUUAUAAAAACUGAAUGUUUUUUAACUCUGUUGGGAUCAGGGACACUAAUUUAAUUUGUGAAAUACACUAUAUUUCUUACUUUUAAAGCAAUUUUAGUGGGACAACUUAAAAUUUUUUUAAUUUCUAUUUAUUUGAUGAAUUUAUCUUAGUGAUAAUUAAAAUUUCACCUUUUAGAAUGGGUCCCCACCGGGGCCCAUAUUUUAACUUUAAUGGAAAGUGUGUUGAGUUAGGGCAUUUUUUUUUAGUAGUUUUAGUAUUGAAAUACUGCUUACAUAAGAGUUAUUUUUGGCAAAUUAUUUUUAAAUAUCUUUUUUUAAGCUUUAACAUUAUUCUAAAACAUCUGAUUUUAAAAAUUAAAAAGGGUUUAAGAUUAUACGAAUUCCUUGAGAUUGUUAUGGGGUGAAUUUGAUAAUUGAACCUGAAUAUUUAUCUGAAUGAUUUUUGUAGUGCCUCUUUCUUAGGAAUAGCUAAAAUGACCCCAUUUUUAGGAAUGGAAAUCCUAUUUUAAAUUAAUAAAUUAAUUGAUAAACCACCAUAGAUUUGACAUUUAAUUGGUGAAUACCUUUGUUUUAAUAAGAAAUCUUUUAAAAUUUAGAUUUGUUUUUAAAUCAUGGUUCUUGGCUGUGCUCCAUUGUUGAAGUGUUUUUGAUUUAGGCGUAUGCUGAUAAAGCUUUUGAAGUUGUUUUCAAAAUAAAAACCCACACAAAGCAUGUUAUUUGGCUAGUUAUUGAUAAGUUGAAGCAUAGCUCUUCAGAAAUAAAACACUUCUGUUUAGUAUUCCAGAAAAAGAGUUUGAAACUAACCAGUUAUUUGCAAACAUAAAUUGAAAGCAGUGAUUAGAAAGCAGUCUUGUUAUUUCAUGGUCUCUUGGCUGUUAAAAUAACAUCUGAAAGCAAGGUUGAUACAAGAUUAACUUUUUUAAAUGACGGAGACUAUGUACAACCAUUCAUGUGCUAAUCAAUGUUUUGAUUGUAUGGGUUAAAUUGAUACUAUACUGCUUUUAUUGUGAAGAUCCUGCAUUCUGAACAUUCUUUUUCAAGCUAUGAACAAUUUUGAUUAAAAACGGUAAUACUAUUUCAGGUUCCUGCCAUUUUUAUUUCUCGGCUUGUUCCUGGGGGAUUAGCAGAAAGUACAGGACUGCUAGCUGUCAAUGAUGAAGUUUUAGAAGUAAAUGGCAUUGAGGUUGCUGGUAAAAAGCUUGAUCAGGUAAGUUGAUCAAAUUUUUUUAUUUUUUAAGUUAAUCUACUCUACUUCUUUUAUUACACUGCACAUCAUAGUCUGCAGCUUCUUGAGCGAAAUUUCUCUCUGUUCAGCUCAUCCUGGAGAGAUUUUUUUCUCUCCUUCUCCCUCAUAUUAUUUACUGUUUGCCUGGAUAGCACAGAGAACUGACUUUAAAUCCGAAACCAAGUUGCUGCUUUCACCCUGGUUUUGUGACUAAUUUUUUUUUUAAAAUUCAGAUUUGACACUCAUGUCAAAAAUACUCACCUUGCUGGGAUGACUCCAUUUCACCCUGAUUUUUGGUUGUGGGUUUCAUCUUGGAAAAAAUAUUAUUUUUAUAUUUUUGGCCAAGUAGGGUUAAAAAGUACAUGUUAGAUUUGUAUACUUUAAAAGAAUACUUGUGAAUGAAAGUAGCAAAUGGUCUUGCCAGCAACAGAUCAUUUGUUUGGGGCCACAUCACCUCGUGUCCCAUCUUUAGCUGAAAAUUCUUCAUGCAAUUAAAGUUUAUCCUCUUUUAAAUCAGGUGACUGACAUGAUGGUGGCCAACAGUUCCAAUCUCAUCAUAACUGUCAAGCCCGUCAACCAGCGCAUGACCCUUGCACCCCAACGUGGGGCGGUGGGACGUCACAGCAAUAUUUCAUCGACCUCUCAGGUCUCUCACCAAUCACAGGCUUCCAACGUGUCUUAUCACUCUGCCAAGUCAUACGACAGUGAACCCAUGGCGGAGAUGGAUGAUGAGGAUGAAAUUCAUGACCAUUUGUCUCCUGUGACCACAGAGCCGCCCAGUAGUGAGAAAGUUGAACUGACCAACGAGGGCAGAGGCAGUGGCAAAAGUUUGGAGAAUAUCAGCAAUAAGAGUGGCAACGGUUUGAAAGGAUUAGGGGGUAAAAGCAAAGGGGUACAAGAAGAGGACAGUGAUGAUGAUGAUGAAGAAGAUGAAGAUGAACAAGGGGGAGAAAGAGAAUGAUGAUCCAACUGUCACACUCUAACAGGAAAACAUUAUUGGAUUGGAGGGUUACCUCUCUUGAUAUGUGCAGGGAACACAUGGUUGUGAUUUUCUUAACCUUGUGAAGGAGGUUAUUCUAAGUUUCACAGUAAAUUUUAUGUAAUAUUUACAGUUGUUAUAAAUCACGUUACUGUAUAGGGGGAGAAUACUCAUGCAAUGUUUGGACUAUAUGAAGAUUGUUUGAAUGGAUGUGUGGAUACUAAAGAGGAACAGUAGAAAUUCAUAUGCAUUUGUACUGUGAGUAUUUUUUUCAUGGCAGAAACAACUCAACACGUUAGCAUUCCCAAAAUGUUUACACAUUUUAUGAGCAUGUACCUUUUAUACCUUUUUGAGUAUACAGCAACUUCGGACAAUGUUAUUUUGUGUAUUUAUAAUUGAUGACAUCAAGCUCUAUUUUAAUUGAGAUGUCAUUGAAUAAAUGUCAUAUAUUAUUUAUGGUCAUACACAAGCUGCCCAUGGGAGUAGUUUAAAAUGGCCAUGAUUAAAAUUUCAGAUGAGUACAUGUUUAUAUAUUUAUGUCUCUCUAAAAAAAUCUGGCCACCUACACUAUUAUUUCUACAACAAUUGGGAGACAACAUAGCACAGUUUGGGAGAAAAACAUUGAUUUUGUUAAACUUUAUAGAUUUAUAAAUUAGGGACAAGAUGUCUGCUGGACUGGUAGAUAGGAUUGAUACCUAGUAAUUUAAUGGCAGCAAGACUUGUUCAAGACUUGAAAGGUAUGCCCACAGCUCAACCGACAGACUCGGUUAUACAGUGUUGUUGACAAUUUCUUGACUUUGAUUCAUUGUUAAUAUUUAAAACAUGCUCUCACUUAAACAUUUGGUCCACUAGAAGCCCAGUGGACCAACCUAAUAAAUAAUUUUAUCUGAGUUGACGAUACUUUUUUAAAAUACAUAUAUAAAAAAAAUAAUAUAUAUAAUACAUAAGACAUUUGAUCAACAUGUAUAAUUUUAACAAAUUUUUACUGAAGUUCUUUUUUUUUUUACAAAAAGCAUUGAAAUAAUUAUAUUAGUACAAAGCAGCUGAAUAGAGUCUACUGUUCCUUCAUGAAAAUAUCGCCUGGCUCUGAUAUAAACUUCAAAGGACUAUUUAACUAAUAGUAUAUUUACCCACUUAUAGAUCAUGUUAGUUUACUUAAGUAUUAUAUUUAAUGACAAUGUAUUCCUGGUGAGUAGAUUGUUUUACAUGAAGAGUGUGCUCAGCUUGUAUAGAAGAAAACAAUUUUGCUAGCUUUGCAAAUGAUCUAUAUUUAUUUAGUGUAUCUUUUCUUAAAUUUUAUUUAGACAAAAUCAUUUAUAUAAGAUGCUGUGUAUAAAUUCAUUCACUAACAAGCCUGUUUUAAAAAAAGCUGAUUAACUAUGCAUUAUAAACUUCAAAGCUUCUAUUUAUUAUAAUUGUUUAUUAUAGUUAUGCAUUUAUAUAGAAUUUGACUGUUUUUGUAUACUUUUAAAUAUGUUUCACCUCAAGUCCAAAAGUCUUUUCUAAUGGAAUACAUUAAAGUAUGUGCUUUAGAGGAAUCAGAAUUGAAUUCUAAUUACUCAUGUUUAAUCAGCUUCUUUGGUUAAAUAUUUCAAACUAAAUCUAAAAUUUUAAACUAAUGUCUUAUCUAUACUGUUCCUUUUUUAAAAAAAAAUUCUUAUGCCAUCUAACACACUUUAUUCUUUAUUUGUUACAUGUACAUUUCUUGAUAAAUUUCUUGACAUUUGUGUUUUUGUCUCCAUUUCUCUGAAAUCUUUGUAAGUGUGAUCCAUUAAUUUUUUGUGAAAAGAAAUGAGACAGAAGUGCCUUGUGGAGGUCUAUUUAAUAUUAUUUAAUUUGUGUUAGAAAAGGUUUUUCAUGUUCAAGUGAAAGGCUGGGGUGUAUAUGUACUUUGUUUGAAUUGGAGUUCUCUGGUUUUUAAAAUUAAAAGUCAAUUUUUUGCUGUGCUUUUUGCAGAAAAAUUAACAUGAAUUUUUUGCUUUAGUUUUAAACCCUAUUUAUUUUCUGCUAUAUUAUUCCGUUACCAUAACAGUUUCACUAGAUUUCAUGGCAUCAAGACUGCAUGGGCACAUGUUACUAUUAUUGUAAUUAGCUAUAAACAUGAAUAAAAUAUUUAAACAGAUCGGCCAGGCCCUUACUGAGAAGAACUGACAUUAGAUACACUGAAAAAUAAGACUUCAUUUUAAUUAAAAGGAAAUAGGCGAAAAAAAGUAUGGGGAAAACCUGAAGAAAACAAGGAUGCUACAAACAAACGUGUCCUUCGUCAGCGAGAAAACAACAGUAAAAACAAUAUCAAAUAAAAAUUAACACUGACCGAUAGCUGCAAUGUAGUAUCUGAGAGGACGUUCACCUUGUCGAAGGGGUCACUUAUUUUUUUUUUUUUUUACUGUUUGUUUUUGCAAUCUCUCCCCCCUUAUUACCAUUCCUUUAAUUAGCAAGUGCUAUACUAAACCCUUAUGUUAUUAGUGCAUUUUUUUGGUCAAGAAACAUGUUAUUAUUUACAGAAUAUAUUGGGGGGGGGGUAUUUAAACCUUUUAGACUUGUUUUAUAAGCAGUCUAUCCAGAAUUAUUUUUUUUUUUUACUGUUUGUUUUUGCAAUCUCUCCCCCCUUAUUACCAUUCCUUUAAUUAGCAAGUGCUAUACUAAACCCUUAUGUUAUUAGUGCAUUCUUUUGGUCAAGAAACAUGUUAUUAUUGACAGAAUAUAUUGGGGGGGGGGUAUUUAAACCUAUUAGACCUGUUUUAUAAGCAGUCUAUCCAGAACUUAAAAUUGUAUGCUCUCCAGCACUUUGAUUCAUCACCGUUACUGUUGUUUACUUAAAAAUUAAUGAAAAUACUGGUAUUAGGUAAUUUGUAGUAGGUCAAAGUUUUCCUACCAUUUUUGAUACAGCUUUCCAAUUAUAAACUAUUUCAAUUACUAGAUUCUAAAAGUAUCUUUAAAAAAACGUAUCAGAAUUUUUUCUUGCUUUGAUAAAACUUUAUUCUCUUGAAAUUUGUAGGAUUUACUGUCAUGAGCUUAACUUGGAACCCAUUUGCUUUAAAUAACUGCAUAUAUCUGAUGUUUUAGAACUGUCAGGUAAUGGGGGUUUUCACAAAAAUGUUUUAUGAAAAGUUUUGGUAUUAGAAUUAACUUUUGAAUUAAGUUUUGCAGAACAGUUUAGGAGAUCUGUGAUUUUAGUUUUAAAAAAAAUGCUUGAAAAGUUUUUGAAAUAGACCUUUGCAACUAUUCAAACUUAUGGCCGAAAGUUUUCACUGGUUCUCUGAUUAUAUUUAAUUUGUGUUUGCCACCCUAAAGUUAUCAUUCAUAAAUUUUUCUAUAGUUAUACCAUAUUCUUAAUUUUUCUUAAAAAAUGUUUUUUAAACUGAAGAGCAUCUUUAGAUGGUCAGUCUUAAAAGAUAUAUUUUUUAGAUGUUUAUUUCUACAUCAAUAUAUUGUUUCUUAAAAGAUUGCAUAUCAGAUAUUUGUUUCAAAUUAUGUCCCACUUCUGGAGAGAUUGUUUGUAGAUGAGCAACAAGGGUGACAGGAAAUAUACUCACUGUUGAUCUUAGAGCUGAAAUGUAUCAUUGACAUACCAAAUCUGUUGUACAACUUCUUUGAUUAUAUUUUUAUACAGAUUAUAUUGCAAUGCAUGUAUACAUUAAAUGACAUUAAUUUUUCUGUUAUCUGUAAAAUCUCAGAUAUUAUUCACUCUUGAAACCUUUAGAAAAAAAAUUGUUUUUGUUUUUAUACAAACUAAAGUUAUUUCUUAUCAAGAGUUAAUAGACUAAUUUAUUGAAAUUAAUUAUACAAGUUUACAAGAGUAAGACCAAACCAUGAGUUGAUCAUUAUAUAUAAAUAAUAUAAUAUAUAUGACAUGAGCACACAUUUUAUAAAACUGCUUAAACCUGGGAACUGUACCCUCCUCAAGCCUCAUUUAGUAAAAAAAAUUACAAUUUUUUUCCCUUGACUAAUGAAGUUGUUGUAAAAAACAUUGGUUAAAAUAAAUAGAGGAACAACUUGAGUUUCUUUCUUGCAUAAGUUGUACAGGUUAGUGUACUAAAUUUCAGUUUUGUUGAACUCUGUCAGCUUGCAUUUUUUGAACACCUUUAAUGGCCAGCUUACAUUAUUCAUAUACUUCCAUUUCACAUUUCACUAUUGGAGUAUGUAUUAAAAUAAUUAUUAAAUUAAUUCAUGGUUUUAAACUACCAAUAAUUAUAAUUUUUAAUUGGUUUGAAAUACCUGAGAUUUUUCAGUUCAUUCUUCUGUUAGGAGCCAUCCAUUUUUACGUACGCAAAAAGAAAAAAAGAAGAAAAAGUCCUAUCCCACUCCCCCUGUUGCAACCCUCCAUUUUUGGACACACCCCACCCUAUACCUACGACAAAAUAGCUUUAACCGCCAGUCAAGUUAAUAAAUGUAUUAAACAAUUUAUUUAUUGACAUUUAUAAUUUACAAGACAAUGAAACAGUUCCACUAUAAAUCUUUUUUUCCCAACGUGUGGUGUGUGCAACACAGGGAGGCAUUUUGGGGUGACAUUUAGUCUCUGAGUUAGGAAACAUAGUUAAGUUUCAAAGGGAUCGGAAGGGGUGGGUGGCUGCAAUUUAAAAUAUGACACUUUCUAGAAGUAACCUGAGGGUCAAUGAUAUUUAGGUGCUCAGGUGGGGCAAAAAUGUUUGGGAGGGAAACAUGUCUUAAAACGUGUUAAAAAUAGUGUCCUAGUUUUUCUCCCCUCUUUUCACAUUUGCAACUGUUUCGUUCAGCUGAACAUAAUAAGGUAUUGUUCCAAGUAUAUGCUGCACAUUUUUCCCCUAAAUUAAGUAUAAAUAUUUAAACCAAGGGUAUGGCUUACAAUCUUGAUGUUGCAAAAUGAAAAUAAAAUUAAAUACGGGUAUAUGUGAACAACAGUAAGUAAUGUUGGGCUUAUUAUCAGGAGCGGCAUAUACUCAGAACAAUACUGCAAUUAUGUCACAAAUUACGCCAAACGCAUGGAAACAUACAACAUGGCAUGCAGUAGAUUAUAUUUGUCAUUAGGUUUAAUAUUACACUUUCCGGAUAAUUAUUGCAGAACAUGUGCAUAAAUGUAUGUACAUUCUCCCCUAAAUGCGUACGUAAUGUAUGGAUUACCCCUUAUCUUUAGUAUGCUUUUUUUUUCUCUAGUUGUGUGCUGUUUUAAAUAAGAAAUGCGACUGAUUGAUACAAAUGUAGAGAAAUUUCCUCAUUUCUUCUGUACAUAAUGUCAUGUCUGGAGGAACAGUUAUAUAUAAAUACACUUAACCUUUUUAUAUCACAGCGAGACCAUCCAGCAUUUAUCCUAUCUUAGCCAAUACAUGUACCUUAAAGUAAUUCCAAUCAUGUGUACACUUUACAAAUUUAUAUUUAAAAAAUGUUUGUUACAGUUUCAAACAGCCUAAAAUCUUUGCAUUCCAGUUCUGUGUGACCUGAUCAAACAGACAAAUGGUGUGACUUGAUCUUAAUGGCCAUGUAUAAAACUGUUAUUUAAAAAAAGUGUGUGGUUGUGGGGAGGGGGGUGCGUACAUAUACAACAUACAGAUAAAUUAUGUACUUAUGUACUUUUAUUUAUAAAAACACAUUUAUUUACAUAGGGUUGGCAGAAAGUUAAUGUUUAGGAUUCUCACAUGUGUCAUGCAAGAACUAAAAUUACUGUCUUGUGUAUUCUAAAGAUUAAAAAAAAUUAAGAUUUUUUUUCUGUUCACGAGAUAUUUUGUAUCUAG